GGAGGAUGGAAUCGUUGUUCGGCCGCUUUUCAGCGUCUCGAGAGGCCGCCGCGCCCUGCUCUGAUGCCAUGACUGCUGCCCCGCCCGUCCUGCAUGAGAGCUUCAUGCUCAUCGACUCAGCGGAGCACCUCGCUGUCGACGGAGUGGAUGAUCUAUGCCGCCGGCUGGGGUGCGCGAAGGACCUCAAAGUGAAGGUCGUGAGGUAGGUAUGCAGUGCGGCGAGAAACAAGCACGAGAAAGGCAUGAGAAGGAUUGAUCUGUGGACGUAUGUUGCAGCAUCUUCGGGAACACGGGCGAGGGCAAGAGCCACACACUCAAUGAGAUGUUCUACAGCGGAGAGGAGGUCUUCGUCACGUCAAGCAACCAAAUGGCAGGUACGGUCAAGGACACACACAAGGGUGUGCGCCCGUCUGUAUCUCAUCAUCCGACCUCUCACUGCUGCAGCAACGACCGGCGUUUGGGCGUCGCUGUGGGAUGGGGCACCGGAGGGAUGUGAGAGCGUCCUGGUGCUCGAUACAGAGGGGAUGCUGGGGGUGACUGACAAGGCUCACGCCCGCACAAGGAUGCUGCUGAAAGUGUUGGCCAUCAGCGAUGUCAUCAUCUACAGGAAGUGGGGCGAGAGGCUUACAACAGGUACGCAGGAGCGGCAGGAAAAUUGAGAGAAUGUCCAUAUUCAUUUGUGUGAGCGGAUCGUUCUGGUACAUGCAGAUGUGUUUGAGUUUCUGAACGAGGCUUCCGUCGCCUACAACACCCAUUUCGCCGAUGAGCUGCGGCGUGUGAGCGAGGCCCAGGGGAUGCCCACCCAGUCUCUCGGCGCCGCUGUUAUCAUCUUCCACGAAACGCGCUUCACCCAGCCACUGCGGGAAGACACACAGCCAGACAACACCGCAGCCAAGCCGGGAUCACCCAAGAGGGGCGACCGACGGCUCAAGGCCCGCAGCUUCGCUGUCAAUGGUGGCUCGGCUGCCAGAGCGACUGACCACAGGAAACGGCCACUCGAUUGGCCUCGGACGUCGGAGUUCCUGUUUGUGGCCACCGAAGCGGCGGACCCCUCGAUUCCUGGCGAUGCGGCGGGCGCGGCGAGUGCAGGUGUUGAGAAGCAAGGCGAGGAGGGGGACAAGGCGGCGGCUGCAAAACCUUUAUCCAAUGUUUCGGUGCUCGAUAGCAUCGUCUUUUUCGGUAUGCGUGACAGCAGCUGUGCGGCUGUUUGUGUGUGCGGGAUUGGUGUGUGCGUUGGUUGGUUGGUUGGUUCAGAUGUGUUCAAAGGGCUUUAUCGACACGGCAUUGAGGGCUGCCAGGACGCCCCUGUCUUCGAGGCAUUCAGGUGCACACAACGCAACACACGCAUGGGAACACGAACUCUCUCGACCCCCCAAACCACCAAAUGUGUGUGCUCUCUCUCUGUGUCAGUGGCGUUGAGUACGUCGGUGUGUGCAGCAAAGACGGCCCCACCGACUUCGGCCCCAUUAUCGACAGGACGCGGCUGUACCUCAGGCACGACGCCACCCUCCGCCGCGCCCAGCCGAUCUCCGUGGUGUAUGCCAUCAUCGAAUGGCUCACCAUCAAGUUCAACGCUCAAGCCGAGGCAGACUGUCGGACCGAAGGCGGCAAAAGGAAACUGGUGAGACGGGAAAUUGUGGCAUGGACUCUCCACACUUCCUGUGCUUUCUCCUUAGGUGCGUGCGAUCUUCCCGGACGAUAUAUUCCGCUGCGGGGGUGUCUGCAAGGCCUGCAACGUCCACUGCGCGCUGAGCAUGAACCACUUGGGCAAGCCACACGAGCCAGCCGACGCGUCCGCCCCGUGUCGGUACUCCGUUGUACUGGGCAACCGACAGCUGUACUGCCGCCAGUGCCUUGAGAACAGGGGCGAGGAGAUAUUGCUCUCACCACAGCAGGGUCCGUUGGUUGAGUGGGCGGGGCGCGGCGCACACAGAGAGGUAGAGGAAGGUUUUUGUCUGUAAUGUUGUCGUCGUGUUUCUGCGUAGGUCCCAAGUCUCAGUGGGACUCAUGGAAUGCCCUCACGUACCUGCUGAGCGGCUAUGUGCUCGAGUGCUUCAACUGCGGCGUCCUGUACAGGUGUGCACACGUGCACCACUCACACCCACACACCCACCCCACCCACACGCACACGCAUUUACCCUGCUGUGUGUCUGUGUGUGUGUGUGUGGAGUUCAGAUCUCGUCCCUUGCAGAAGGUGAUAAUGGGCAUGCAGUGCCCCGACCCCGUCAAGGCAGGAAUUGCCACUCCCAGGCUGCACCACGUGUGGUCGCGCGAAGAGGCCACCAAGGCGACCAUGCUGGCUUUGGGCCAUGGUGGUGGUGGUGUUGGUGCUGAUGGAGGCGGGGAGGGUGUGCGUGGCGGCAAGAAGGCCACAGGGAAGCCGUACAGGUGGUGCAGCGGCGAGCCGUUUGGCUUGUCGCCACCACGGUCGAGGCGAAGGCGAAGGGACGGGGGGAGGGUGGUGUGAUGGUUCGAUGCUUCGAUGCAUGGGUGGGUGUGACUGAUGCGACGAGGGACCUUCGUGUCUUGUUUUGAUUACAGUUGUUAUGGGUUUUGGGCUCUGUUGAUGUCCUUGUGGCCCGUUAUUCGUGUGGUGGACGUGUGUGGUGGUAAAUGUCUGUCUCGAACGAAGUCUCAAAUGAAAGCGGAAAUGGUCA